GAGAUCUGCUCGUGUCUGGUUCGUUUCAAGGAAAGAAAAAAAAAAGAGUUCCGAGAUCGAUCUGGACGCCCGGCCGGGGCCAGCCUAUAUAAACAGAGCUGCUCUGGUGGUGAGCCUCAUCGGCCGGCAGCGACGACGCAGAAGAGAGCCUACUAGCUUCUUACUCCAAGCUAAAGCUUCAGUGUCGGCAGCAAGCAGCAGCGGAAGAGGAGAUGAAGAGCGGCACGCGCGCUCUGCUGGCGCUCCUGGUCCUCCAGGCCGUCCUGGUCUCUGCCGCCGUGGCGGAAUCCAACGGCGUGGGCACGAGCGCCGCGAAGAAGAAGGCUUGCUGCUCCUCGUGCACCAGCUGGUCGGGCGUGUACACCUGCGACGACCUGCUGACUAAGUGCGCCGCCACCUGCAAGAACUGCGCCGCCGUGCCCACGGACAAGGGCACCCGCUACAGGUGCCGCGACUUCCUCCCCGAGGGCUGCCCCUGCAAGGCCUAACUCGAUCAUCAUCAGAUCGAGCGACGCAUGCAUGCUGCUCCGUCCACGUUGCAAGACAUCAAUAAUCCGUUGCUGUUUGCCAUGUCUGCGCAUGUGUGUGUGUCUCGUACGUCCCAGUCGAUAUGGAGAAUAAACUUAAGCCAGGCUGACUAGCCUGUUAAAUAGUAUAUGUACUGUUCCUUCUCGGUC